CUAUACGGAGGUUGACGGUUGUGUAAUUGGAGCUGUCCUACGUAUUUUCUUCAUAAAUAUUGUAAUGGAAAUUUCUGCAAAAAUGGAUAAUUCUGGCAAUUCAGCACCUCUACCACAGCGUCAAGCAAGAGCAAAUAAUCAGCCUAAUAAAAAUAUUGGAAAACACGGCCCACAGAAGCAAAUUGACGCUGAUGGUGGUCCCGCGGAGAAGCGGCAACGUUUUGGGCCUAACAAUCAGAAUGGCGGCGGCCAGAAUCAAAAUAAGAACUUUGGCAACAAGGGUGGAUUUGGUGGAGGUGGAAAUCGUAACCGUAAUCGUGGCGGCAACCAAAAUAGGUCGAAUUUUCAAAACCAAAAUCAACAAAAGUCGACAACAGAACCACCAAAAACGGAUGGAGGAAAUCUUAAUGACAAAGUUGUCGAAGCAAACAGCGCGAAUCAAUCCAAUUCGAAUUCUGCUGCCCAAUCCCAGACACAGCUUCAAGCCCAAGCCCAGGCGCAAGCUCAAGUCCAGGCACAAACUCAAGCACAGGCUCAAGCUCAUGCCCACUUAGCGUUUAGGGCUCGUGGCGGCGGUGGUGGUGGUGGUGGUGUCGGCGGCAGUGGUGGCGGAGUAGGAGGUGGAGGAGGCAACAGCGGCGGCGGUGGUGGACGUGAUAGGAACCGCGGCUCACGUGGUGGUGGUGGUGGCGGCGGUGGUGGCGGCGGCGGACCAAAUUCUGGGGGCGGUAAUAAUUCGCAACGUGGCGAUGACUUCUUUAUUGCCCAACGUCUACGCAGCAUUUCUGGUCCCACCCACGAACUGCCACCGAUUGAGGUCGCGCAAGAGACGAAGUUCUCUGGUCGCAAUCGUCUAUAUGUUGGCAAUUUAACCAAUGACAUAACCGAUGAGGAGUUGCGAGAAAUGUUUAAGCCGUACGGCGAAAUAGGCGAGAUAUUUUCAAAUCUUGAAAAGAAUUUCACAUUCCUUAAAGUCGACUAUCACGUUAAUGCCGAAAAGGCCAAACGCGCCUUAGACGGCUCAAUGCGCAAAGGGCGUCAGUUGCGCGUUCGCUUCGCCCCCAAUGCAACCAUAUUGCGUGUGAGCAAUUUGACACCAUUCGUGUCCAACGAGCUGCUGUACAAGGCCUUCGAGAUUUUUGGGCCGGUCGAGCGGGCCAGCAUUACAGUCGACGAUCGUGGCAAACAUUUAGGCGAGGGCACUGUCGAAUUUGCUAAAAAGUCAUCGGCCAGUGCAUGCCUUCGUUUAUGCAAUGAGAAAUGCUUCUUUUUAACGGCCUCGUUGCGUCCGUGCCUAGUGGAACCGAUGGAAGUCAACGAUGAUAACGACGGACUGCCCGAGAAGGCGCUCAAUAAGAAGCUGCAAGAGUUCAAUCAGGAGCGCAGCGUUGGUCCCCGAUUUGCCGACCAAAAUUCAUUUGAGCACGAGUACGGCUCCAGAUGGAAGCAGCUGCAUGAUCUAUUUAAAAGCAAGCAAGAUGCACUCAAGCGGGAGCUCAAAAUGGAAGAAGAAAAGCUUGAAGCUCAGAUGGAGUAUGCUCGCUAUGAGCAAGAAACAGAACUUUUGCGUCAAGAAUUAAGAAAACGCGAAUCUGACAAUGAGCGCAAGAAGUUGGAAUGGGAAAUGCGCGAGAAGCAGGCCGAGGAGAUGCGUAAACGUGAGGAGGAAACCAUGCGUCGCCAUCAGACUGAAAUGCAGAGUCGAAUGGUGCGCCAGGAGGAGGAUAUGAGACGUCGCCAGCAGGAGAACACGUUGUUUAUGCAGGCCCAACAACUAAAUUCGUUGCUUGAUCAGCAGGAAGGUUUCGGUGGCAAUAACGGCGGUGGCGGUGGUGUCAAUGCAAAUUUCGAUAAUUUCGGAGGCAACAGUAAUUCGCCUUUUGAAGUAUUCCGAGGUAAUAACAACUCGUCCAUGGCAGGCAAUAAUGGGCCAGGUGGAAACAAUCAACAGCAGGACUCCUUCACUCCUUUUGAAUUUGGGGUUAACAAUAUGAACCAAGGCGGCAAUCAACGUGGAAAUAAUGGCGGAAACAAUGUUCCAUGGGGACGUCGUCGUUUUUAGACAGCCCUCGAGAUGUUUUACAUGGACCACUAUGGAUAUAGAAUAAAUAAAUUGAUCCAUAUAUUGAUGCAUUGAUUUAAGUCUUACAGACUGGACACUUCACACAUAGAUUAGUGUGAGAAUUCAUUUAACAGAAAACUUACGGAACAUAAUAU